UACCAAGUAAAAAUUAAAAAUGAGCUGCAAAAGGAAGUUGUCUGAUGAAUGUUCAUCACAGGGACCUUCAACAAAAAUGCCUAGAAAUGAUGUAGGAACCCUUUUUUAUCCAGACUACCUAGAAAAGCUCAUUACAGAAACAAAUUUAUUAAGAUUUGAACAAGAACUCAAAAUCAAAAAGAGCAGAGUAAAAAUAAUGGAACUACGCAUUAUUUCGUCAGUUGUUAAACUGGAGAAAAAGUAUUUCAAUGAUAAGAUUGCACAGAAAGGUCAAAAGUUGUUGAAUCCAGUGAAAAACCUUCUUCCCAAAUUUCUUCAUAUCACUAUUGAGGAGAACCAUAAACAAAGAUUGAUUCACAGGGUUUCCGGAGAUGAAUGGGCUGAAGUUAAAUAUUUGGCUACUAAAAGUGUUAUACAAAAGCUGAUGAAAAUCAAUGAAGAGAAAAAUAAAACACUAGAAUGAAGUAUGGAAUAUCUAGAUUUUGAUGUUAACUGAAUGUAACUGCAAAGAAAUAAUCUACUUAUUAUGGGGAGCUAUCUGCUUUGUCGAUAAGUGUUAAAAUAAAAAAAAGUUUAUUAGUAAAAUGUUUAAAGUUAAGUUACUACUUUUAAGAGGAUAAUUUAGAAUGUGUAUUUUUUAUACUAUAUGAUUUUCUUUUAGUUGUUUGUUAUCAGGUGAUAAUAGUAAUGUUUCAACUGACAAUCUUUAAAUUCUUAUGAUUUAACUUUGUACCAUGUACUUAGUAUGUAUGUAGGUACUGUUCUUAUAAUUAUUAUAAGCUGGUAAAAAAAUAUGUAAAUAUUAUAUCUGUAGCAUUAACUAGCAUCAAAAUAAUUUACAUUAUACAACAAAAAAAGCGCAAUAAAAAAUUUAGAUUAUUUUUCAUUUUU